CAGAUUUGAACAUCUACAGCAUGUGAACUAAUUCAUAUGACAGAAUUCCAACUGCUCUAAUAUACAUGAAACUAAAAUGGAGCAGGUGAAGAUUCGAACAGCUUUGUGUAAUGACAUUUCGAGGACAAAAAUAUAAUGAAUCGGUGUAAUGUACACAUCGUUAUAACACAACAAUGUUAUUUACUCUAUAUAACAGCCAGACUUUAACAAGAACAUCUACAGCAUGUGUGAGAAUUGUAGCUCAAAUGUCUUUGACCACACGAAACCACUGAUGCUCCUCCUCUGAUGUGUAACUUCCUCUUACUUGUGUUACUGACAGCAGCACAUUUAUUUCACUUCACACAGAGGACAGAGCUGCAGCCUGUCAGUCACGUCCACACAGAGACGCAGUCAUUUCAUGUUUUAGUGACUCUUUUAUAGAUUAGAGAUGUUUCUGUGUUCUUCUGAACAAGAGGAUAUGGUAGUAGUUAUCUAUGAGAUUGUAGACAAUGUUGAAGGUCACGACCCCGACACACAGGAUGAAGACGCUGAUGCAGUGAGACGCCUGGAAGUACAACACACAGGAGGAGACACUGCAUGGAGCAGGUGUUACAGAGUGACUGCAGUGUGUGUGGUGCUGCUGUGUGUUCUCCUGCUGACUGCCGUCACUCUGCUGUGGAUCAAAUUCACCAUCCUGACUACAGAAAACAACCGGUUACAGACCAGUUACAACACCCUGACUAUAGAGAGAGACCAGUUACAGACCAGUUACAACAACCUGACUAUAGAGAGAGACCAGAUGCAGACCAGUGACAACACCCUGACUAUAGAGAGAGACCAAUUACAGAAGGUUAGAGAGGAACUCCAGAAGCUUUCUAAACAGGGAUGGAUUUAUUUUAGCUCCAGUGUUUACUACAUCUCUACAGAGGAGAAGAGCUGGACUGAGAGCAGAGACUACUGCAGAGAGAGAGGAGCAGACCUGGUGAUCAUAAACAGCACAGAGGAACAGGAGUUCAUCAGUGAAAUCCUGAGCAGAAGAAUCGCUUGGAUUGGACUGAAUGACGGAGACAGAGAGGGCGAGUGGAAGUGGGUGGACGGUACACCGCUGAACACUGGGUUCUGGGGACAAAGCGAACCCAACAGUUAUGCAGGAGAUGAGGACUGUGUUGUAACUCAUGAUUACACUGAUCCUGUCUGGAACUGGGCUGAUUAUCCCUGUAGUCGUCAGAUCAUUUGGAUCUGUGAGAAGACAGUCGUUACCUGAAUUACUGCAUGUGAUUGAAAAGCAGUAAAUAAGUUGAUAUUUUUAUCUGUGUAGGUCAGUGUGUUGUGUCUGAAAAAUCCUCAUUACUGUUAGUAACUCUGUCACCACCAUCAUGUCACCUGAUUUUCUUUCUGAACCGAUUUUCCCAUUCUGUGUGUGCUUUUUUAAUGAACAUGCAAAAUAACAGUGUGUGCUCGCUCCAGUGCUAUUCUGUUACCUGUUGAAUAAUGAGUCACACUGUUAAAUUAAACCAAAUCAAGCAGUGAUUAAUAAUAUAUUGGAAAUAUACUAAGUUCCUAUCAGAUGUUAAUUAGGUUUCUGAACUUGGUAACAGACUAAUUGAUGUUCAUUUGUUUUUUAGAGAAACUCGUGAAAAUAAUGUAUAAAAGUCUCUGAUCUUA